AUGGUGGUUCCUCCCGGCCCAGAUGGGAAUCUCGAAGCCGUUCACUCGACGCAGAGGCACUCCUCCCCCGACGCUAUCGGCGGUGGAGCUGCAGCCAGUGAGCCAACGGUUGCAGCGCUGCAAGCCGUGGCCAAGGCAUCACAGGCCGCCGAGGAGCUUCGGGGAGUGCAGGAAUACCAGAAGGUCAACUCGUGGGUGGCUGCAAACCCUUUCUUCCGACCUUCCUUCGUCUCCGGCAUGCAGCCGGCGGUGAUCGAGAGCGCGCCGAAUGCCAUGGGGAUGCUGGCAAAGACCAAUCCCCUAGCUGCGUGGCACGCGGCCGAGGCCGUACGCGUGGCGGCAGAGGAUUCCCUCCCAGGCGGAGAUUUGUACGACGGUUCUCGGGGCCCCGACCUAGCUGCGCAGUUCAUGUCUUCAUCUUCCAUGCCGCCUCCUGCCCUGCUGCUUCCAGCAUACAGGCCGCAGUCUUGCAGAUGUGGCACCACCGAGCAUGGGGUUCAUGGGAGAGCGGCAAGGGCGCGCGACUUUUUAUCCCCUACCGGCAACACCGGCCACACACUUUCCUCCAACCAUGGCCGACCAGGAAAUGCUCCCUUUGCCGGCUGCCCGAUUGCCAUCGAUUGCCAACCAGCAGGUCGGAGAGCCUUCUUCGAAAGACAGGGCGCCUGUGGCGCCACCAGUCGCGGAGGAGACAGAUGA